GUUCAGUGCGUAUGCGCACUGAUAGCGGCCCUAUUUAAACCAGUACACCCCCUUGUUCUGCAGCAGUGACGCAUUUGAGGACAGGGGUGUAUUCCGUGCUGUCUCUCUAGUCCUUAGCGCUGAAUUACAACACAAGCUGUCAAUAUCGAAAUUAUAAGAUGUGAAACCUCAGCUAAUGACUUUGGUGACUACACGGAGACGACACAUUUUAUUCCUGCUGAUCGGGAGCUUCUUUCUACCAGGAAAUAUCACGAAUGUGAGGCAUAAACCCACGUAAGCUUAUCGAUUUACAAGUGAGACUUUGGAGGGUCAGAGACAAAUGUCCGUGAUCCGGUGUGUUGUCAGGUUGAAAAGGUCGCAGUAACCUGCAUGGGGAAUCAAAGAAAACAAGGCUAACGACUGACAGACAUCUCUUACAUUGCUACUCGGUGGACAACUUAUCACAAUGCCUGGUUUAUUUUUCGUGUCAGAUAUUCAUGUAUUUACUUUGGGAUAUCCAUCUCCGCUAACAAGGAAGAUUCUACUAGUCCAGACGACAUUUGUCCUGCUAAUGGCUAUUAACCAAGUGUCAGCAGCUGACAGCAGUGACAGUUUGACCACCAGACGCCGUUACAAUACUGUAGGUCACGCGACAGUGGGAACCAGCACCAUCGCUUAUCCAAAAUGUCAAAUACACAGAGAAUAUCUCAAGAGAAUGAGGAACGGGAGUGUGGAAUGCGUUAGUUGUGAUCACCAUUGUGUUCCGGGUUGGGGCAUUGCUCUGUGGUGCCAGGGGUUCAUGAACACAGUGUGUCAACAGUGUGUGGACGGCGUUACUUUCUCUUACCAAGGAGGAGCUAAGACUGAGAGAGUGUGCAGAAAAUGCAACACGUGUCAAAAUGGGAAUGUGAUCCGAAACUGCACAAAGUUUGAAGAUGCAAAGUGCAGUAGAACCAACAAAAAUAUGACGGAUGUAGAUCACAGACAUCACCACACUGUAAUACUGUGGACCACGCUCUCCAGCACCUUGUUACUUGUCUUUGUUAUCAUGAUAGUUUUAGUCGUAUACGUUAUGAAAAGGAAUAAAAUGUUUUCAAAACUGGUCACCAAGAAUUUACACAUAUCGUUUAAAAGACUGAACAACAUGGAUUCGUCUCAACUAUUACACCCGGAUGGAAAUGAUUCUCAGAGUGAACAGCAAAUUAACGCGUAGACAGCGCCACACGGCAGUGCGAUUAUCACAUGGUUCACUUUGACUUCAUUGAUCCAGUGCGAUUUUUUUCGUGUAGAAAGAAAGUGCCUGGUACGAGUAAACCCCUCACAUUCCUGGGUUUCUUGCCCUUUUAUCUAAUUCGUUCCCGACACUACAUGGGUGCUAGAUGUUUGUGUCAAUACUAAAGGUCCCAGUCUUAUACAUCUCUUUAAUUGGCAUCAUUAAACACGAUGGAUAUACCUCUAGAAGA